UAUCUACUCCUCAGAGCAAUCAUGUCUGGCAGAGGCAAAGGCGGCAAAGGGCUCGGAAAAGGAGGCGCCAAGCGUCAUCGCAAGGUUCUCCGUGAUAACAUCCAGGGUAUCACCAAGCCCGCAAUCCGUCGCCUGGCCCGCCGUGGCGGUGUCAAGCGUAUUUCAGGUCUUAUCUACGAGGAAACUCGUGGUGUUCUUAAGGUGUUUCUGGAGAACGUCAUCCGUGAUGCAGUCACCUACACUGAGCACGCAAAGAGGAAGACCGUCACAGCCAUGGACGUCGUGUAUGCCCUGAAGAGACAGGGACGCACUCUGUACGGCUUCGGCGGAUAAACUCUCCUAUCCGGCACAACAACCAAAGGUCCUUUUAAGGACCACACAAAUAUUCCUAAGAGCCUCAAUUCUAUAUAUGAAACUGGAAACACUAAUAUUUGACUAGUGAAUAUUUGUGAUGAUGAUAAAACUUCAUCCCAUAACUGGGUAGUUCACUUUUCAAUGUGAUAAUAAAAGAGUUCCCGGCAUCCACUGAA